GUAACCUUUCCUGUCUGCCUGGUUGGUGCGUUUGCGCCUCCUGUCUUGAAAUAGAGGUGAAGAAGAGUUUACUUUUCAGAGUUCGGUGUUUGCCUGGAGUAAAAAGGGUUUGCUGAGGCAGAAAGCCCCUCUUCACGGAGCUAAGAUGCUGAACAUGUGGAAGGUUAGGGAGUUGGUCGACAAAGCAACCAAUGUGGUGAUGAACUACUCAGAGGUGGAAUCUAAAGUCAGAGAGGCCACCAAUGAUGAUCCCUGGGGACCAUCAGGACAGCAGAUGAGUGAAAUCUCUAGAGCCACGUUCAUGUACGAGCAGUUCCCAGAUGUGAUGAACAUGCUGUGGGCCCGCAUGCUGAGAGAUAACAAGAAGAACUGGAGGAGAGUCUACAAGUCACUGCUGCUGCUUUCCCAUCUCAUCAAGAAUGGUUCAGAGAGGGUUGUUACCAGUUCCAGAGAACAUCUGUAUGACCUGAGGUCAUUAGAAAGCUACCACUUUGUAGAUGAAAAUGGGAAGGACCAAGGUGUGAACGUGCGUCAGAAAGUGAAGGAGCUGGUGGACUUUGUGCAGGAUGACGACCGGCUCAGGGAAGAACGGAAAAAGGCGAAAAAGAACAAAGACAAAUACGUUGGGGUCUCUUCAGACAGUAUGGGAUACCGCGGUUACUCGGGGGACAAGUUCGAGUCCAGCGAGAGCCGGCGGGAAAAGUGGGACGACGACUGGGAGAAGAAUAAAGGACAAUUUCCCUUCAGCGAGAAGUUGGGCGAGAUUAGCGACAAAAUUGGCAGCACCAUUGACGAUACUAUAAACCGAUUUAGGAAGAAGGAAAGAGAUGACUCACCAGAUCGAUUCAGUGACCAUGAGGAUGACCGGGGUCGCUCGUCUCAAAACGGCCAGUCAGCAAAAGACUUUAAAGAUGAAGAGGAGACUGUUACCACCAAGAGUGUCCACAUAGUCCAAGCAACAGAGACCACAGCAACACGGAAGAGAGGAGGGGUCCCAUCCAGGAAAGUAGACCUGGGGGCUGCAGCCAGCUACAUGGGAGACAAAAGCCCCAACAGCACCACCAAACAGCCCCAGCCUGCAGCCCCACAGCCCACCAGCACCGGCCUGGCCGACCUACUAAUGGUGGACACAACACCGAGCAAGCCUGCUGCUACAGACCUGAUCGGUGGGUUCGCUGACUUCUCCUCGCCUUCUGCCUCCGUCGGCCUCUCCUCAGUAACUGCAGUACCAGCCGCAAGUAGUAACGGAGAGUUUGGAGAGUGGAACGCCUUCCCCGGAGGUCAGAUGCCAGCAUCUGUCCAGACUGUUGACAACAGUGGAAACGACCUUUUUGGAGGGAUGACAGCAGGUCCCGCCUUGGCCCCUGCUCCCACCCCCAUCUCAGCUGCAGGCACGGCUCCUCCCUCUGCAGACCUGUUUGACUUGAUGGGGCCAACGCAGUCCCUCACCUCCUCGCAGAGCCUCAACUUCAGUAUGAGCAGCACACAGAGCAUGAGCUCCACAGUCCUGGCCCAGUCUAUGUCGCAGCCUCUCCAAAACAUGGGGGGUUCUCUCAUGCCCCUCCAGCCUCUGCAGCCUGGAAUGGCCUCUCAAGGUGCUGGAGCCAAAGUGUCCCUCCCCCCAACCUGGUCGGACCCCUCAGUUAACAUCAGUCUGGACUUCCUUGGUCCAGGCAUGCAGCAGCCCAAGCAGAGCCAGCCUACACUCAACACCCUCCAACAAGGCAACCAGGCACCUGCCAACAUGCUCUCCCAGGGAUUUUCCAGUAUGAGCCUUGGACCUACAACAGUCAGACCUUCUGCAAAUCCUAUGAUGCAUCCUAAUGCUGGUUUGGGAAUGGGCAUGGGUAUGGCCCCCAACCAGGGCAUGAUGGGGAUGGGCAUGAACAUGGGGAUGCCACAGGCAGGUAUGACCAUGGGGAUGCCCGCUUCCAUGGGGAUGGGGAUGAACGCUACAAUGGUCCAACAGCCCAAACACGAUGCCUUUGCUGAUUUCGGCAAUUUUGGAAAGUGAUGGAGCUGGAGAGCGAAGAUAGUGGAGCAGUAUCAGCCUCUCUCUCUCUCUCUCUCUCUGUCUCUCCGUCCAUUGGUAAAGGAUUGUUAAGAGCUGCAAACAAAGAGUACUUGAAUAUAUUAACUAUCACAUACCAACACCCUGCAAUCUCCUUAAUUUUUUUUAAGUAAUGCCGUGUAGUGAUAUGGAUCUAAAUGAAUGUGUGUGGGUUGUGUUUGAACCAAUGAUCUGUCUACUCUGGGGUUCUGGUCAGACGCACACUGAUGGCUGUGUGCCUCGUCCGUUACUCUCCAGUCAGGGAGAAGAGGGAAGAGUGAAUGUCGGGGAUUUGCUUUAUAACUUCAAUCAAGUCAAAUCACCAGAAUAGCAAAAAAAAAUCUAUCAGUAGCUGCAUAAUUCUUGUAAGAUAUAUUCUCAGUAACUUUACAUGAUCAGCCAUUUUAACUUUCUAAUGUACAUUUAAGAAUGUCAAGUUACCUCUUUUUUUUUGUCCUUGCUCUUCCUUUAAACUGUAAAUAUAAAUCUGCAGCCCUUAUAGAUAAGUUAUGAAGUUCUGAUAUGAGAGGUAGUGACGGUGUUGAAUCAUACAGACCAAAUCUGAGAUGAAUUGAGACCGAUGACGGAGCACAUUGACACCUUCUCUUUGUACAUACCUGUCCACACACUCCAAACGUGGCCCGUCAGUGCUGCAGUUCAUGAAUGAGUGGAGUGAAGGCGGUUGAUUCAUUGGAGCGUCUCCUUUAAUCGACCAUCAUUUUGUGGCCUUUCUUAUUGCUAAAUAAAUUAUCUAUUUUACUUAUGAAGAUUAUAAUCAGUUUGCAUCCAAAUGAGAUAAUCAGUAGGUAGAAGGAGCCUCAUACGGGGGGGGGGGUUGUGGGUUCUUCAUAAUAGUGCCUGAAAGACCUUGUUUUCCUCUUCAGUUAUCCUCUUUGAAGGACACAUUGUGACUGUGCAGUGUUGAGGAUGGAGCUUCUGUACGAUGUACAAAAGAUGUCUGUGUACUGUCUGCUCAGAUAUCAAAUGCAAUUGUAUAAUAAUUUAACUCAAUCUGUUUUGUUUGUCCCACACACAUUGUUCUAGUUUCCACUCAAUUCAGAGAGAAGAAUCUAACUUAACUCAACACCUCGAGUGUUGAUGCCGACUGUUAUUAUAAUCAUGCAUCGAUCUGUUGUCUGUUCAAUGUUCACCUGUGUGUCCGGGUAAACGCUGCCUUCUUACCUUCCAUCUUCACUAUUGAUACACAUAAAAAAAACAGUGUUGCUGUCAUAACCGUCCUCACCAGUCUGCAGGCUCUUUAGAUCAUCAUAAUGAUGGUGUGAGAGGAAGCAGUCUGUACACACCCAGUAUGUAAUAAUGGUUGGAUGAGGAUGUGUUGUGGGACAGCGCAUAAUAAACAAUUCAGCUGUACAGCGUGCACCUGACCUGUCAGACGUACAAAGCAUUGCUCUUCAGUGGUUCAAGUGCCUGUCGAUGGUUCUCUCCUGACCCUUGUAAUAAGUGAUUGAUAAGUGACUCUUGGCUGCCUGACAUUUUGAGUUUGUCAACGAUCAGAUAAAUAAUUCACUGACCAGAGCAGAGGGCAGUGGAUUGUGCAGCGCCAGGAGGAUUCAAAGUUGUGCUCUCUCCAGCUCUCCCAAGGGCUCAAGAGGCUGAGCACACUAACACAUAGUAGCUUUGUACGAGUCUUGAAGAAUUAAAAUGACCAAAAUCUGUUUGCUGUUUUUUCUAAAAUAUAUCAGUAGAGGUUGUUUAAUGCAUUUUUUUCUACUUCAAAUUGUUUUGAUUUUCUCUGAAAUGGGAUUGUUACUGAAACACUAGCAUAUGCAAAUGUAAAAAAAAAAAAAUCUUUUGAGAAAACUUAAUUUUUGCAUUUUUUUCCCAUUUUUAUUUGAUUUACACAUCAAGAUUCUUUAUCUACGACAUUAAACAGUUGAUUGAAAUGUG